UUUCCUCCCGGGGCGGGGCCCCGAGCGCCGCCGCGGACUCUGCCCGGGGUGGACACCGGGCUAGCUCGGCGAGCUCUUGGCUCGCAUCCCGGGUUAUGGCGGUCCCAGGGCCCAGAGCCGGAGCUGGCGCCAGGCCCAAGUUAGAUCUGCAACUUGUUCAGCGGUUCCUGAGGAUACAGAAGGUUUUCUUCCCUUCUUGGUCAUCACAGAAUGUCUUAAUGUUCAUGACGCUCUUGUGUGUGACCCUCUUGGAGCAACUGGUGAUCUACCAAGUUGGCCUGAUCCCCAGUCAGUAUUAUGGGGUCUUGGGAAACAAAGACCUGGAUGGAUUUAAGGGACUGACCUUCCUGGCUGUGGCACUCAUUGUUCUCAACUCCACCCUGAAGAGCUUUGAUCAGUUCACCUGCAACCUGCUGUACGUGAGCUGGAGGAAGGACCUCACCGAGCACCUGCACGACCUGUACUUCCGGGCCCGAGUGUACUACACCCUGAACGUGCUGCGGGAUGACAUCGAUAAUCCGGACCAGCGCAUCAGCCAGGAUGUGGAGCGGUUCUGCAGACAACUCAGCAGCAUGACCAGCAAGCUGAUCAUCUCCCCCUUCACUCUGGCCUACUACACCUACCAGUGCUUCCAAAGCACAGGCUGGCUUGGGCCUGUGAGCAUCUUUGGAUAUUUCCUCCUGGGAACCAUGGUGAACAAAACUUUGAUGGGGCCCAUCGUGACGAAGCUGGUACAGCAGGAGAAGCUGGAGGGGGAUUUUCGGUUCAAGCACAUGCAGAUUCGAGUGAAUGCUGAGCCUGCAGCUUUCUACAGAGCUGGACUUGUAGAGCACAUGAGGACCGACCGCAGGCUGCAGAGACUCCUUCAAACCCAGAGAGAGCUGAUGUCCAGGGAGCUCUGGCUGUACAUUGGCAUCAACACCUUCGAUUAUCUGGGCAGCAUUCUGAGUUACGUUGUCAUCGCCAUCCCUAUCUUCAGUGGGGUCUAUGGAGACCUGAGCCCCACAGAGCUCAGCACCCUGGUCAGCAAGAAUGCCUUUGUGUGCAUCUACCUCAUCAAUUGCUUCACCCAGCUCAUUGACCUGUCCACCACAUUCUCUGAUGUUGCCGGUUACACACACAGGAUUGGAGAGCUUCAGGAGGCCCUGCUGGACAUGUCCCGAAAAUCACAAGACUGUGAGAGCCUAGGCGAGAGUGAGUGGGAUUUGAACAAGGCCCCAGGGUGGCCAAUAGCAGAGCCAUCAGACACAGCUUUCCUGCUUGACCGGGUUUCCAUCAUGGCCCCCUCCUCUGACAAGCCCCUCAUCAAGGACCUGAGCUUGAAGAUCUGUGAGGGCCAGAGCCUGCUCAUCACGGGCAACACAGGCACCGGCAAGACCUCCCUGCUGCGGGUGCUGGGAGGCCUGUGGGAGAGCACGAAGGGGUCAGUGCAGAUGCUGACUGAUUUUGGGCCCCACGGGGUGCUGUUCCUGCCACAGAAGCCAUUCUUCACCGAUGGGACACUUCGGGAGCAGGUGAUCUAUCCCCUGAAGGAGAUCUACCCCGACUCAGGUUCUGCUGAUGAUGAGAGGAUCAUGAGGUUCUUGGAGUUGGCAGGCCUGUCCAGCUUGGUGGCGAGGACGGGAGGGCUGGACCAGCAGGUGGAUUGGAACUGGUAUGAUGUCCUGUCUCCAGGGGAGAUGCAGAGACUGUCCUUCGCUCGCCUCUUCUACCUGCAGCCAAAGUACGCAGUGCUUGACGAAGCCACCAGUGCCCUGACAGAGGAAGUGGAGAGUGAGCUCUACCGCAUUGGCCAGCAGCUGGGGAUGACGUUUGUCAGCGUGGGGCAUCGGCCCAGCCUCGAGAAGUUUCACUCCUGGGUUCUGAAACUCUGUGGAGGAGGAAGGUGGGAACUGACCAGAAUCAAAAUGGAGUGAAGCCAAACAUGGAUAUGCCAGGACAGCCAAGCUCUGGGCAGGCCUGCAGUGCCCAGGGCAGCCAAGCUCCGGGUAGGCCUGAAGUGCCCGGGGUAGACAAGCAGGGCUGAUGAGACAGGAAGGAGCCUCACAUUCACCCUAGCAGCCUCAGGCCCUGCCCAGGGUGGGCCCUGCAGGGAACGCUGAGGUCUCCCCAGCACUCCCCGGUGAUUUUUCACAAAAGCUGAAUGAACUAAGAAGUGAAGGGUCAGAGUGAGACAGCUAUUAGACUCAAGAAAGCUGAUUCAACUUCAGUGACAGAUUUUUUUAACUUUAAUUAACCAUUUGGACUUUAUAAGUUUUUUUUAAAAAAAGAAUAAACAUUAAAAACGUGGCUUUUCUCUACUGUAGAGUGAUCUUUUUGAGUGAGUCUCCAGACUUGUCCUUCACGGUUUGAAGGUACUCUCCUGCCUCACACCUGCCGGGUGUUUCCACUCAACCUGUCCCUCCCCUUCCACCAGACGUCUGGAGAGGACACAGUGUGACCAGUGCCUGGACCACUGACCCUUGGGACCCUCUGUCUCUGUUAUCUUUGGCUUGUUCUGUUACUGGGAAUUGAACCUACAGCCUUAUGAAUCUCAGGCAAGUGCUCUACUGCUGAGCUACAUCCCUGUUGUCUUUAUUAUCUAACUCGGAAGAAAAUAGUACCUUUCCCCUUACCAGGUAAAAUAAGGUUGAUGGGUUUGUUUUGGUUUGGUUUCUCCCACCCAAAAAAAAAAAUAAACAAACAAAUAAAAUAAAAUAAAAUAAAAUAAAUCUGUAUUAUGGAACAAGAAAAAAAAUUAAGCCAAGUGUGGUGUUGUAUACCUGUAAUCCUAAAAGUAUGGUGGCAGAGGCCGGAGGAUCAUGAGUUGAGACUUGCCUGGGCUACAUAAUAAGACCCCUCAAGUUAAACAGACAAACCUCAAAAGCAUAAAAUAAAGUUAUUGAACCCAAAGUCCUUUUUUUUUU